UGGCGUUUUCUCUGGGUGUGCAAGUUGUGUGUUAACGCCCUAAACAUUGAUGUCAUACAUGUGUGUAAUAUUGUAAUUUGUAAUUCAUAUUAGUAUAUUACAUGGUUAUAUAAUUUUAUUUACAAAAUCUUAAAAUAAUUGUCAUGUAAAAAUAAUAAUAUCAAAUAAUAAACUAUUGUUACUUUUGUCUAUUUUAGGCUCUAAACUCGACCAUUCGCCCGCGCCGUCUGCAGCUACGACGCGCAACGGCGUCCAAUAACAUUACGCCGAUUACGGAAUAAUAUUGUAUUAUGUUGUGUUUGUGUAGGCCGUAGGGUGUAGCCGUGUAGGACGUUAAUGUUUCGAACAACGACUUGUGGUAUCUAAUAUCUCAUAUUCGUAAUUUGUCGUGAUAUUUUCGGAUAACUUCGGUGCCAUGUUAAUACUAGACCAAGUCGUUGAAAAUGAAAUUAACGACUAGCCACUACUCACUAGUCUAGCGCUAGCCUAUACACUGUGUUUGGACCGUUAGUGGGGAUCGUCGCGGCUGCACGUUAUCCUGUUUACGUCGUACACUCGUACUGCAAGACUGCAACGCCGAUCGUCGAAAACAUAAUAUAUUCAUUAUUAUAUUAAUUUGUACAUUUUCAGUUUUAUAUUAUAUUUAAUUUUAUAGAUGUUGGAUUUGGAUGUAUUUUUAAAAAUUUAAAAGUAUUUAAAAUAAAUAAUUUUAAUAAUAUGUUGAUUGUUAAUAGUUGAUACGAAUUUAUUUCCCGUAAGGGGAGUUUUCUUAAUUGUUUUCCUCACACAUCAACGCCUAACGCCGAAAGUCAGGAAACGCCACUGUUUAUAAUAAUAAGUAAUAACAUUAUUGCUAUCAAUAUUUAAGUUUUACGUCGAGUUCAGUUCGGUUUCGUUUUCGAUUCGUUUAAUAAUUAUUAUUGCGCGACGUCGCUGCGUGUAUAAUUACUACGUACCACGAUAACGGUUAGGUGUCUGCGACAGUACCUGUAUAAUUUCGUGCUUUCCAGAGAUCGGUAGGACUUACGGCGCCGAUCGCGUUCGGGACAUGUGCUGUUGAUGACUCCAGUCGCGGAUAGCAUGAAAUCCAUAGCGUUGUUGCGCACCACCACCAAUAACAACAAUAACAAGAGUUGUUACUACGGCGGUUACCCGACCGAUCUGAGCGGUUACGCCGCGGCCGCUAGGUGCCGAUCGCCCCGGAGUCCGGUGGCCGACGACACGGACGACAUAAGCGUCGGAAGGCCGUCGCCACCGGCGUCGGCCGAGUGUUACGCCCGGCUGCACGACGACGGCGGCGGUCAUGGAUCCGACACGUCGUCGUCCGGCGGCGGUUCCGAUUACUUCGAACCGCUGAAGAAGUUGGGCACGGUGCAGAUCGACAAGGUGAGCUACGGCAUUAGCGAUCGCAAGAGCUACGCGCCCAAGCGUCGGGCGCACAGGCUACACCAGCAGCAUCAGUCUUUGUUGACGUCGCCGCCGCCGCCGCUGCUUGACGGCUGCCCGGCUUCCGGCCGCGUCGACAUGAUGACGAUGACGACGACGACGACAUCCACGCAGCAAAGUGGUCGGACAAUCGCUGGUUCUUCGGCCGUUGCCGAGGACGCGCAGCCCGCAGCCGGCGUCAAGUCGUUCAGCAUCGCCGACAUACUCAGCCACGAACCGUCGUCGGCGGGCGGCAAACCACCGUCGGCCACGACGGCUGACGAUGCGGCCAAGAUCGUCAGACCGUGGGCCGAGGAGUACCAGCCUCCUUGCACCUCGUUCGUGCCGCCACCGCCUCCUCCACCGCCUGCUCACCGACAGCCCGUCGUAGGCGCCCUGUUCCCGCACUCGCUGUUCAUACAGCACUUACAGCACCAGCAGCAGCAACAGCAACAUCAUCACCAUCACCAGCAGCACCAGCAUCACCACCGGCCAAAAUCAGCCGACUACGAGACUUCCACGUGCACCAGCGGCCGGUCCAGCACGGACGGAAGUGAGUGUUGCACCAGUCCGGAAAUAGCGAGUUGCACCCAGUCGAACCCGUCGUUGUCGUCCGCGGCCGCAGCCAGGAAACAACAAGCGGCCGGCAAGAACAACGACAAUUCGUCACCGCUGGACGCUCUGUUCCAGAUGACCAGUAAGACGUUCGAUCAACUGCAUGGCGACCCGUCUGGAGCCGACACUAGUUCCAGUCAUCUGAACCUGUUCAACUCGCGGUCGCAGCCCAAAAAGAAGCGCAAGUCACGCACUGCGUUCACCAAUCACCAGAUAUUCGAGUUAGAGAAGAGGUUCCUAUACCAGAAGUACCUGUCGCCGGCCGACAGGGACGAGAUCGCGUCCAGUCUGGGCCUGACAAACGCGCAGGUCAUCACGUGGUUCCAGAACCGCCGGGCCAAGAUGAAACGCGACUACGAGGAGCAGAAGAAGGACCGUGAAACGCUAGCCGCGCUCAGCGAGCACAAGAUAUUCUUGGAGACGGCCCAGAACAUGGGAAUACUCAAGAAGAAACCACAACCGUCGUCGGCGGUGGCGACCGCGUGCAGUUCGCCAACCGAUCACCUGUUGCAGCAACAGCAACAACAGCAGCCGGUCAAGUACGACGAAUGAGCGACUCUUUAGUUAAUGGUUACUAUUGCGAGUGUAUUAAAUUAAUUAUUUUAUGAGUCGUCACCAAAAAACUGUGCACUAACCUUGCGUGCAGCUGCCUGGUACUCGUAAUAUAUAUUUAGCUUGUAUUCAUUUUACGAUUAAUAUAUAUCAUUUGAAAAUAAUAGUAACGUUCCUCAUAGGUUUUCUUAUUUUUCUGAAAAAUAAACAAUCUUAAUGAAUAUGCGGUACAUCUCGAAGACGUACAGUUAAAUCCACCGAGUCUUCCGAUGACUGCAACUUCUAUUCAAUGUGCAUCAACCGUUAAAAUGGUCGACAAUGAUAUCGAGAUCUCAUUUCUAAUUUUUUUUUUACAUAA